AUGGGAGAUUCUCGCGACAAGUUGAAGCACUUGGUUCCAGGUAAGUUGGUCACUGAAAACACUCAGACUUGCAAGCGAGGAGUGCACAAGUGCAGCUUGUGCGCCGUGCAGCAGUCAUGGUCACUUUACAAAAAACCAUGGCUGAGAGUGCUUCUGGUCGAUGGAGAAUCCAAGCUCGGCUGCAGCUUAUGCGCGAAAGCCGGUCUGGAGGGCCCAUGGGCCAACUUUGAACAAACUCCGACUUCCGUGUUGAAGAAACACAACUUGGAGAGGCAUGAGAAGUCCAAGGGACACAUGACAGCAAGCCAAGAUGAUCUUUGCGGAGCCCCUAGCGACGAGGCUUUUAAGUCAAGUUUGCAGGGUAUGACGCAAGGACAAUCUGCGAGACAAGGUGGCGGAUCGUCCGAUAAAAAAACUCAAGUGCGGUAUGCCCUCUCGGAAGCAGUUUGUGCUCGCAACAGGACUUUGCUGGCAGAGUCUCGCUGCAUCUCAUUGAUGAGAGACGAACGCAAAGGAAAUCUUCUUGUGCGCUUCCGCGCUGUUCUACCGGACCUAACCACCAUCAGUGGCGCGCUUGGCUUGCAGCCUGUGACAGGUUCUGCUGAGUCCAUAGCUGAAGCAACUGCUGAAAUCAUGCAGAACUUCUGCCAACCGAUGCGGCAGCCUCCCAGACAAGCCAAGGAAAGCGAGCAGCCGGUCGACUCUGAACUUCUACGGAAGAUUCAGGACAGGGUCACCAUGGUGGCCAGUGACGCUGCUGCAUCCGAACUUUUAGCAGGUGACUUAGAGAGAGGGCGCCGUAGGGCCGCGACCGACUUUCAAUCCAAAUUUACAAAUUGCAAGAUCGUCGGCAGAGAUGCGGCGCAUGCAUCGACCCGUCUCUUGAAGAGACCAUUCCUUGCAUUGGAACCUGUCAAAAGUUUGACAAACGAAUGGAUCCAUGGGUCCGAAAGCUUCGCUCAGAAGGUGCACCACAGCCACAUCCUCAGCCAAUGGUGGGCCAAGGCCGUCCAAUGCAAAGAGGACUCCGACUUGACUGGAAACCUUUGCACCUCCAUGUCUGCGGCGAAGCACAGGUUCUCGUCAUACUUGAAUCCUCUCAGCCGGAUAAUUCGGAAUUUGCAAGCAGCUUUCAAUGUGUGCGGCAGGGUCCAAGCCAUGCGAGGUGCUGAGGCAACUUGGGCAACCAAGCUUUGCCAAAAUUUCAGUUCGUUCAAAGCAGCUUUGCUUGCAAUGAUUACCGACGCUGCAGCUAUCAGCAACGACUACACAAGGGAAUGCGACCGUGAAGACAUUGAUGUUGCUGAUUUGAAUUUACGAGCCAGCCAUUUUGUCCUCUCGGCAAGGUCUCUCUUCGUUGACCGGAAGGUGUUGACACUACCCACUUUCACGAAAGAAUUCUUAGAUAGAAGAAUUCCCGUGACCAUUCUUCAGGAUGGGUUUGCGUUGGACAUCCAAGAAUGGGUGUCUCUCGUGGAGGAAGUCGUCGCGCAUGAGUUUCCGAGUUGGCACUUGGCGGCGGCAUUUCAAGUUUUUCAUUUGUCUGACUGCGUAAGAGGCCGUGACUGCAGUGCGGAUGUUUUACGGAACUUGGAGAGGCUGGCUCAAGUGUAUUCGGUACCUUUUGAGGCACUGAAGCAAGAGUAUGCCCGCUUGCUGCCCAUUGCUGCAGCUUUGAAGAAGCAAGCAGGUUUGAGUAACAGAGAAGCAUGGAGGGAAGCCCUUCAACGGACAAGCAGUCGGAAAGGUGCCCAGGGAAGGAAGUAUGAGGCCACGGCCCUGAUACAAGUCAUGGCAGCUUAUCAAUGUUGGACCGCAGCCACAAGUGGAGUGGAGCAACAAUUCUCGAAGCUCAAGAGAAGUCCUGUGGAACUUUCCAACGCUUCUGUGGACACAGACCGUCGCCUUGCAAUUGUCAUGGGCGAUGGGCAGGCCAGGAGCCCAGCAGUGCAACCUGAAGUGAUUCAAGCCGCUCGACGAAUCUACGCUUCCCUACUGUCCAGUGGAAGGUCCCGGCCGCGGACAAAACCAAGGUUCGAUUGUGGUGUCACAGGCAAAGUGAAGACCGGAUCUUUUGCCAACUGGAACCGCACAAGAAAGAAAGCAUUGCUGGAAGCAGUGCAAAAAUGCGAAACACCUCCUCGGAAACCUUCCGAGCUGUUGACAGAAUCUUCCCAGAAGGAAAGAAAUUUCCAGAGAAAACAGGGUUUGAAACGAAAGGCUGAGGCUCUGGCAGAUGGCUGUUUGUUGCCGGAUGAGGUCACCCAAGAGGUUCAGGAAGAGGCCUUGCGACUGACCAAAGCAAACCGACAAGGUCUCAGUGGCCCAGCGUGGUGUUGCUCCAAGAUGGAAGGCGGCAAGGCGCAAGCAGACCUGCGGCAAGCCAAGCUCUUCGUGGUCUCAAACUUCGUUAGGGUGCAAAGAAAAGUGCGUUUCAUGGCUGCUCUGAGUGGAUCCGUCUUGAUGUCAGCUUCUGCUUUGCUUGGAGCAGGAGGUGUGAAGUUGACGUUUCACCCGGGUCAGGAGAUACAAGUUGCAAUCUUCGUGACUGACACUUUCAAGGCCGAAGAGCCAGGAAUGACUCUACUGCUACGUGAGGCAUGUGCCCGUGGGUGGCAGGCAGUGAGGGCGGAAGAUUUGAAAGGCCGCGGGCGAAAGCCCAGUCUCCAUCUCAGGGGUGCGGGGGAGGCCAUCCCAGCUGGUUUCAACAAAACCAGGGUGAAGUGUUUUACUGUCACCGAAUUUUUGCGUUGGCUCACGGCAACUUGUCUCAACAAGACGGCAAGCUCCCGUGUGAAGAUAGCAGCGGUCGUGUUGUUCGACGACCUCACUGACCGACUACAAGACAACCCUACAUUUAUCCAGGAACUUGGCCUGGAGCAGCAGGAGGUCGAUCGAAUUCAAAAUGGGCUCAGGAGAAUCACGGAUCGCUCCUUCGACUUCAUGAACAGAUUGGCCCGUGGCCUCGCGCAAGACAUACCCCAGCCGGUGCUUCAGCCUGACAUCACUGAGGGGUCACAAGGAAAGAAGCCUGCGGGCGAUUCAGGAACCGAGGGGGCUAACACAAGUCCGGCCUCUGCAGCUAAGGCUGCGGUGGAGGAACCUUUUACUCUUGAUGAAUCCUGGCGAGUGGCAGAGGCAGCCCACGCGCAUGCACCUGCGGUGUUUGAAAGCGUUUUGCUGCCCAAGCCAGAAACGGAUUCGCAGGAAGUUUCGGUUGAGGUGCUACGCUCGCAACUGGAGCGGGUUAACGCCUUGGCGUCCAACUGGCUCACUCGAUUGGGCAGGCACAAGGCUUCAAAGAAACAGAGAGUGAUUCACACUGCAUCAGACUGUUCGGGCCACGGCUUGGACCUGAUAGCAUACAGGCUUCUGGGGCUGCAAAGCCAAGUGCAGCCCGUCAUGAUGUCAGAGGUCAGCCGACAGAAGGUGUUGUUGCACCAAGCUGUCGCCCAAGAAUGUGGCUGGAACUACGACGACCACCAGGUCAUUGACAUGUUUCUACGGAAAGAAGAAAGCAUGAAAACAGCCGACGUUUACGUCGCUGGCUAUCCGUGCCCGUCGUACUCCAAGUUAGGAAAACGCCAAGGCGUCUCUGACCAGCGGGGUCUUUUGACCCUGAAAGGGUUGGAAUAUGUGGCUUUGUGCAGACCCAAGGUGGUCGUGUUGGAACAAGUCAAAGCCAUACUCGAGAAGAAGCAUUCGCAAAUUUGGAAUUACAUUCUCAAAAUUUUGAACAAGCUCGACUAUGUGUUCGACCACCAAGUCUUGAGUACCCAGGACUUCGCCAUACCGCAAUCGCGCCCCCGAGUCUACAUCCUCGCGGUGGCCAAGGAGAUUUGCGCUGGAACAGUGAAGUUACCGGAGAAGCGGUCAGAGAAGGUUGACUUACACCAUUUCAUCCAAAAGGACAAGACCGGCUCCGAGGUGUUGCAGCUACCGAGGUACGAAGAACUUUUAGGUAGCAAGAUGUGGCGUAAGGGAUAUGUUCUCGACGUAGGAUCUUCGGAAAAAUUUCAAGCAGCGAUGACAAACUGCGCACCGUGCUUGACGCACACGCGCUUGGGACAAGGAGGAUAUUAUAUCCCAAAACUGAGGCGGCGCUUGCUGCUUGAGGAAGCUGGUGCAUUACAAGGAGUUCCAAAGAAGGUUGUCAGAGCCAUGCAAAGGGCAGCUGAGGAACACAAGCUUCCUGCGCGCACAGUGGAUGCAAGCCUUGGCGAUGCAAUGAGCAUCAAUGUCCUGGCAAGUGUGUUGAUGAAAGGCUUGACACACUCUCGCUUAGUUCAAUUCAGUGCACAGGAAGAUCAUUGGAGAUUAGUUGCCAAUGGUCCGGACGCUGCAACGCUGAGUGACCGUUUGUUCGACGGAACAAUUCGGAACAUUUCCGCAUGGCGCUUGAAUAAGGCUGAAAUGAACGAGCUCGCUGAAAGGGUUAAGAAAGGAGAGGAAGAAGCGGUGGUGAAGAAGGAGCUUCAGACCAAGAAGGCUGUGGCCUGCGAAGAGCGUAAGAAGUCUGCUGCGGCGAUUUCUGCCAAGCCUGGAUCCACGGGUCCCAAGGCAAGCAAAAAGACUUCGUCGUCGGCUGCAACUCAGUCAGCCACGGCUGCAGCUGAGUCAGCCACGGCUGCAGCUGCGACUCCAGACCCAACGAAUGCUGGCUACUAUGCUCUGGUAGAGGCGGACCUCCAGACAAUUUUGCAGGAGUUCCCAGGCAUUGACCAGGAAAUGCCUUUGCCGCUCUCCAAGUCUGAGUUGGACGGAUCCAAGACUGGGGUUCAAGAGCCAUUUGACUUGGAGUCGGCUCGGCAUGCACUUGGGAUUCAUAGAGUUUUUCGUUGCAGCAUUUCCUUGUUCUGGGUUCAGAUCCUGGCGUCGCCCACGCCGGGAAUUCCGAUGAGCCGGAGGAGAGUUCUCGACAUGGGAGAGUUUUACUUCCCGAACGGAAAACCAGCUUUCAUGACAGGCCGUAUGGUGGAGCUUCUGGCCGACAAGUCGGCUCUGAGCGCCAAACCCCAGAACCUUCAGAUGCUGUCGCCAGAAGAGAUUGUGCAUUCGCUGGUGGCUUCCUGCGCUCACGCUGUUCGGCGCAAGGAUGAGCUCUCCGAGGAUCAAUGGAAGGAAUGGAAAGCACAGUGGCGUGCUGUGUUGCUGAGCGUGCCGGCUUCUUUUGUGGAGACACAGGACCCUUUGCAAGGCCACAAUGUGUGGGUCGAGGCAUUCAAUCGGAGACAAGCGGUGAAGCAAGAGCAUGAGUCCAUGAGCAGGACAGCAAUGCAGAUUGCUGUGGAAAUUGACCAGUUCAAGACUAUGUGCGAAAGUUUGCCCAGCUGUAAAUCAAAAUUGCAGCCGGCGCAGCUGGUACAGGAGCUUCACACACUUGGCCUGCUGUCCGUGCAGGGCGGCCGCAAGGAGGAUGACAGCGAUGGCAAAAUCACCGUCAACUUGGUGACGCAAGCUCUGGCCGUCAAAAAGGGCAUUCUCAGCUCAGCGCGGGCAGUUGAACUUUUGCUGGAGCUGGAACAGUUAUACGGGACGCGUUCUCCCUUCCACCAGAUGAGUCGGCUUCACGUUCUUUCGACCAAGCCAAGCACAAAUCAGAUGCGAGACUGGGUGCUGGAGAGCUUGCAUGAUGGCCUGGCCUACGUCUUGGACCACUUCUUCGAAGUGCUGCUUCCGAAGAGCGGUAUGGCAGAGGGUGACAGGGCUUUGCUGAAGGAGAAGCUGUCUGCCCAUGAGGUGUACCGGCAACAUUCAGGCGACGGGGAUUGUACCUGGAUGGCGCGGCUUAAGAAGUCCGGCAUUGACUGCUUUCACUUGCUGGAGGACCUGACUUACACCAAGAAGUAUGACAACGGCCUGCGACAAGCCACGAGGUCCGGGGGAGCUCCAGAGGCAGUUCUGGAGCACGAACAGGUGAAAGAACAGGUGAACCAGUUCCUCGCCACCUUGAAGGACGAAGAAGUUGAAGUAAAAGCUUUGGCUGCAGGGGCAGCCGCAAACGCUGCAGACCCGGACCAUGCAGAGGACGAGCUUCAAGAGGUGCGAAAGCCGCCCAGCCAACACUCUGAAGGGUCUGAGAAAUAUUGGAAGGCGGUUGGCAACCAAACUGUUCGCACUUAUUGCUCUCUCCAUGUGCAGCCUAAGACCUUGGACGGCAUCAUCAGUUUGGUGAGCCAAAGUGGUUUGAAAGACUUCCAAGGAGAGGGAGGUGUCAGCUGCGUUCUGACUCAUCUUGACUUAGACGCGCUGGGAGAAUCCAUGGGCCCAGGUCAGAGACCACUUCUCCGAAAGCGCUUUGUUCCCGACCAGUCCGCCCUCAGAAUCUUGUUGCAUGGUUCGAUGAUUGCAAGAAACGGCCAGCGCAAAGGGGACGAGUGCAUGGUUCCGUCAGAGGGUGAACUGGUUUUCGUGCACUGUGGCAUGGAACGUUCCAGCAAAGAAGCAGAAGCCUUGUUCCGACCGGCUGCGGCCAGAAAGGAUCAAGCCAUCGAAGCGGAAAUGAAAGACAUUCUCCUGAUCUUUUCUGACACCUCCAUUCGGGACCGCAAGCAAAGGGUUCGAGGAGCUUACACCUCCAGGUCCACCGCUUGUCUCUUCUCCGGAGCUCCAGUGUCAACCAUGGUCCCGGAGAAGCCAUACACUGACUUCUCAGGGCACAACUUUGGAGAUGUCUUUGGCACCAUUUCCGCCAUGCAGGCAGCGGACCUUUGGAAAGAAAAGGAGGAGGUGCUCACCACAGGCAGGUGCGUGUCGCCGACUGACGCCGCUAUGAACAAAGCCAAGGAGGCCUCCAGCGAAAGCGUCUUCAGUGCAGCUUUGUUGCCCUGCUCUUUCUACAGAAGUUUUCUCAAAGCCCACUCUGUGAAAGCUGUGUUGGACCUCAGCACUUCUCAGGGAGAGUUGGCAAAGGCCUGUGUGGCCGAGCGUGUCAGCUACCUCGGGCUGACGCUGUCUGACUCACAUUCCACUCAGGUGGAAAUGAUUCUGACCAACUUUGUCGUCACUCUGAUGCAGACAGAGGGCUCCACUUUCUACCGCUCAGAUACCGUGGCCCAAGGAAAGCAGCAAGAGCAGGUCACCAAGGGGAGCAAGCGCAAAAACGAAAAUUCCAAAGAAGAACGCCCCAAGGCCAAGGCCAAGGGGAAGAAAAACAAGGAAGAGCAGACCAAAGACGACGACAAAGCUACGGCGCCUGACUAUCACUGUUGCUGCGACCCCGCUGCUCGGAGGAGCCCGCUGAGACCAAGUAGGCUGAUGACCACUGAACGUUCUCGUCGUGGCGACCGCCGUGACCGUUGUCGCCGAAAAGACGAGGAGAAACGAGAUCGAAGCCGUGACAGACGGGAAAAAAAGAAACGCCGUAGCCGAGACAAAGGGCAGCGCAGGGAGACCAACACGUCUCACGGCAGCAAGCCUCUCCUAGUCCCAGCUGAAGCUGCUCCGGCUCCGGCUCCGUCUGCGGACGCUGCAGCUCCUACGACGAGAGAAGAGGCGUCGCACGACGACGAAGAAGGUGAGGAAGAGUCGGUUCUUGCUGAGGACCCACCCGUAAAGCCACCUGCAAAGCGCGCCGCGCCAGAGUCCCCGACCAGGGAAGCUGCCAAGGCAGCCCGUCCAGGUCCAGCCCAGGCUGAGGCUGUGGCGCGUCGCGACGAAGGUGACCAGCCGCCUCACCAAGGUGAGACGGAGAAGCGUGACCAAGGUCACAAACCUGAUUCUGAUGAGGAGCACAAAUCUCAGCAAGCUGGGUGGGAUGACAAGCGUCUCCAAGGCUGGAACGACGACAAGAUUCGUCGGUAUGACUGCAGCAUCUGCGGCCGCAAGGUCGGAGGUGGAGUUGCCGGCUCGUGGCAACAUCGCCGGUCAGCUCACCAUUUGGCUUCUUAUGUCUACUGGAACAACAAAGAGACCCUUCCUUGGAAGAAUUGUCUCCAGGAAGGGCAACGCUGGAGCAGGCACCUCUGGGCGACGAACCAAACAGGUCCGGAGGAUGACGCAUUGCCCAACAAGCCUAAGAAAAAGCAAAGGUCUCCAGUUCCAGUGAGAUGCGACCCGGAACGUUCCCGCCGUGACAAAGACCACCAAGACCCUGACCCGGACACAGGAGCAGGGUCCUCCGGUAGCAACUUGCUGCUGCAAAUGUGGCAAACCACACUGAAAGAGCUGCGUUAG